AUGGGACACCAGGCAUUGAACGAAUUGGGCCUUACCCCAUACUUGUUGAAAAUGAAAGAAUCCUUAGAGAAAAGUGGGAUCAAGCCUUUUAACGUCUUGAUGUUUUUGGGGCUCAUUUUCAUGAUCGCAUAUCGAAAAUGGGCUGACUCCACACGUACGAAAAGAGUUCAGAAACUACGCCGGGAGAAUGCUUCAAAAUUUCCAAAUAUUACGCCCCUAGAGAAUUUCGAGUGGGAAAAAACGGAACCGUUGAAAUUCAGGCCAUUCAAGCCAAAAUAUCAUCUUACAAUGGCUCUUGAGAACCUGGAGCCAAGCGAGCUGAUUCCCAUGGAUAAUACUUAUAAAGACCGAAUUGAGCUUCGAAGACAAUUAGUUAAAGAUCAAUAUGGAGUUGUUCUUGGUGUUAAUAAGAGCAAAGGGGGCGAAGAGGAACCUCGAGUUCGAGCUGCUGUGGCUGAGUUAUAUGCCUUUGUCAUGGGUACAUAUCUUCCUACGCGAUACCCAACGAUGUUCCGACUACUAGAGGCCGAUUUGGCCAUGGGAAAAACAAUGUUUGUUCAAAAUCAAGUCACGAGGGAAAUGCUACCAACAACGCUCAAUCCGGGUAGGCCGACAAUCUCAGCAUUGGAAACGCUAGCUAAAAAUGUGGACGAAGAGAUGUUACUCCUGCUACCACGAGUGAAAAAUCCUGAGAAGAAGAGUCAAGAUAUAACCACCUCGUCGACUAAUGAGGUGGAUAAAUAUAUCCUGGAAGCAUACUCAACGUGCUUCCCUUCAGGCUUCGACACACGCACCAAACUAGGCAGGCAGUUGAAUGAAAUUCAUCAGCCUGUCCCUGGAUACAAGGAGAAGUUAGAGAAAAGUAUGGAUCGAUUUUUUCAUAAGUUAGAAGUCGGCAAGUUUGUUAAACGGGUAAAUUGGACCAUGACAACUGGCGCAGAGCUAUUUUCGGCCUUUGGAGACGUGCACGCGGUAAAUGGGGAAGAUAUGAAACAAAUGAAUCUCGAGGAGCUAGAUAUUGAUAAGACCUACCUUCGAUGUGAAAGACAGACACUAUACCGCCUUCCAACUUCCGGUGCAUUGAUAUUCUCGUUCCAUACAUAUCGCUAUCCGAUCCGAGAAAUCAAAGCCGAAGGAUCUGGUGAGGAAUUAGCACUUGCUAUUGAUGGAUUCAAGGAAGGAAGUACGCCCUUGAUGGCACGGUAUAAACGUGUGACAGCAUGGGGAGAAGCCGUUAAAGAAUAUUUAAGAAGUUAG